AUGCCUAAAUGCAUUGGGGGAACCAUUUCUGAAAUAUUGCUAGGUGCAUUCGAAUCGAAUGCACGUCAAGCUCGGCCAUUUGCCGCAGACAGUCCCGCAACCCCCACACGGAAAACGAGGGCUUGGCUCCGCUUCUCCGCAUUUCGGCUUCUACCCGCAAUGUCUCUUCCGUUGACACUUGGAUCCGUUAGCUUUUCCGCUUCUGCGUCAUACAUUAUGGCAUCGGAUCAAGAUACACUAGAGCUCGCAGCGAGCAAGCCAUAUGGGCCAAAGAAGCGGAGCCGAAAGGAAAGAGUACGAGUCACUCGAGCCUGCGAUAGAUGCAGAAAGAGAAAAAUCAAAUGCAAUGGCACGCAGCCAUGUGGCUUUUGUCUUCGGGCAAAAGCCAACUGCACGUUUGCUCAAGCAUAUGCAAGGGGGCGGAUCCCUGCUAUCCCAGCCUCCAGGGAAGACAGAACCUCCCUCGGGGUUGGUGACGAUUCUGUAGCAGGUCAUUCAUUCGAAUGCCAGCAGUACUCUGCGAUACUACCCAAAGUGGCGUCCGGGGUACCAGAGCCCCAUAGCGCACACGUCUCACCGCUGGAUGGCACAUCCAGCUUUGAAUAUGAAGACUCGCAACCCUCUCCAGUCCUUAGCCAGAGUGAGCUGCCAGGCAACUAUAUCGGACCUGCAUCGGGGGUCUCGUUUCUGCUGAGGAUUCAGAAACGUCUCCACAAAGCCAUUUCAUCAUCUCAAGCCAACAGCAUCUUUGCAUUCGGUGAUGCACCAAUGCAGCGACCCGAAUUCGAUCCAUCAUUCUGCAUGAUGCUUCCCAAGGCAGAUGCUCAGCGUUUGGUAGAUCGAUAUUUUGAUUUUGCCAUGCCUACCUAUCGAUUCCUCCAUCGACAUACUCUUCAGCGAUGGUUUGAUGAAUUCUAUGAUACCCUCGGGGCAAUGCAUGAUAAGCAGAACGCAUCAGCCAGGAGUGCUCUGCUGUUCAUGGCCUUUGCGCAUGCAAGGGUAUACAUGCCUGAAGGUGAUCGACCAGGGCCAUCGGAUCUGAGUAAUCGCUACUUUAUGGCAGCCGAUCACCAGCUCACCAAAGAGAAAGGCUCAAUACAAUUGACUAGUGUACAGGCUCGUCUGCUCCAGUGCUACUACCUUCUCACUCAAUCUCGCAUCAACCAUUGCUGGAGCUUGUUCGGAACGGUGUCUCAUUUGGCUCUGGCCAUUGGGCUUAACAGAAAGGACCCCCCGGAGUUUGCAAGUGGACUAAGCCUUGUGGAAGCCGAGUGUCGCCGUCGAACAUUUUGGUGCGCAUACACAUUGGAUGCCUACCUUAGUGCUGCCUUGGGGAGGCCUCGGACUUUUCAUGAUGAUGACAUUGAUACAGAGCUACCUGCAUGUGUUGAGGAUGAAGAUUUGGUUGCGGGCCAGAUAACGGUUCCCACAACGCCGGGCAGAGGCCAAGGCAGGAAACCAUCGACCAUGCUAGCUGCAAUUGCACAUAUGAAGCUUGCUCAAAUAACCAGCAAGAUAUUAAGCAAUCUUUACUCCAUCAAACCUGUCCCAGCUACACGACAGGCGGCUGCUGUUCGAGAGAUCUCCCAAGAGCUAAGUGAUUGGCGAGCGGAGCUGUCACGGUUCCUAGAUGUCGAUACAGUCAGCACAUCACUUUUUCUUCCCAUCUUUCAGCGACAACGGAAUGUUCUGAAUAUGACUUACUGGCAUGCGAUUAUUCUGACCCAUCGGCCAUAUGUACUAAGCAACUUCGCCCGCCUUUCGAAGCGAGAUAGUCUAGAUAUACAGGAUGUCUUGCACGAUGAAAGCUUGCAGAAAUGCUUAGACGCAGCAAUGAUGACAGCAAACACAAUCAGCGAGAUCACCGAAAGCCGACAAUUGUUCCGCGCGUUUUGGAACACUGCCUAUUUUGCCUUUGGGGCAACAAUCAUGCUUUACAUUUACGUGAUUCAAGAGUGCGCGUCCCCUCCAGAGGUAUACGGUCCCUACUUGACUGCCGCAUCCCGAUGUCAGGCCCACAUCUCAGCUAUCGCCGAGAAGGGUUCAUUAUCAGAACGGUAUAGUCUGGUACUCGAAGAAUUGCGCGUGGAAGCACUUCGUCAAACAAAGCGCAUGCAUCCGUGCAAGACCAGACCGGGAAUCUCAUUCGACCCACAAGUGAACGGGGCCGAGCCUAUGUUCAUGCAAAUGAACGAAAGCCCCAUUACCGUUGCCACUACGAGCCCUACCGACCAUGUCAUAGACUUUAAUGGCCCUAUUCCGGGGCUAUAUGCUGAUUAUCCGGGGUGGGGGCAGUUUACUUCGAUGGUUUCAUCUGGAUUGGGUAAUAUGGAUAUGUUCAUGAAUUUUGAGAUUGACUUAAGUCCCGUCGCCAUGUCGCUCUUCCAGGUCAUCUUCGAUUAUGCCGCGCCGGUGUUCCUUGUCACGUCGCCUGUCACCUCCUAUGCGGACCAGAUCCUAAGCAUUCACCGCACAAGAAGCUCGGCCGGUUUUUCCUUGGACAUCCCCCUGAUCAUGCUUGUUUCCUCGGUCUUGAAGGUUUACUACUGGUUUGGAGAGUACUACUCGUAUACCCUGCUUACGCAAGCGAUUGUGAUGAUUGUGGUUCAAUCGCUGUUACUCAAGGUUGCGCUGGAUAAUCGCCCGUCCUCUGGCGGAAGACAUGGAAUUGAGCAUGCGCCCUUCAGCGAUGCAGGCUCAAAUGCGCCUACACGGCCUUAUGAGUUCUGGCAGUGGAAGAACGACAAGCCAUACUGGAUGUUCCUCGCUUACUUCGUUGGUGUCCUCGGUGUGAUUCACUUGACUCCCAUGGGUCAAAUCGACUACUAUAUCAGCUUCCUUGGCUACGUCGGACUCGCAGUGGAAGCAACCCUUCCUAUCCCUCAGAUUAUCGCCAACCACCAAUCCGGAUCCUGCAAGGGCUUCCGAGUUUCAGUUAUCGCGGCUUGGAUUCUCGGUGAUACCAUGAAGAUGAGUUACUUCUUCAACAGCUCGGAGACUAUUCCGUGGGCGUUCAAGCUCUGCGGUAUGUUCCAGUGCGUUUGCGACUUCUACCUUGGCUUCCAGUUCUACAUGUUCUCCCGGAAAGCUUCCCCAACUCAUUCGCGACAUGUGUCUACCCAUGCGCCUACCCACUCUCGACACACGUCGCAGACUGCGGGCAGUUCGGAACAAAACAACCGUUGGGGCCAUGAGCCCAAGGACAUUCGCAUGAAUUGA